AUGAGUCAGCCAGGCAAAAAAAGGCAAACGACGAGCCACAUAAAAGGAAACGAAAAAAAGGCCAGACACGAAGUUCCUUCUGAUGAUUCUCCAGUUGUCGUCGUUAAAAAUAAAGUGGAGGAUGCCAAGUCUAUUUCGCUCUCCCCCGACUUGAAUGAGUUGUUGCAUCCCAUGACCGAACAAGAGUUUUUGGACCAGCAUUUUCGUCAAAAGGCUGUUCACAUUACCUGUGACCAAGUGGGAACUGACAAUUAUGCUUUGAAGCGGGUGUCGGAUUUGAGGGAAGCCAUGUUUGAUCUGGAUCCAGAAAUGAUUAUUCGCGAAACCAGCAGUGACAAUGUCUUCUUGUGGCUUGUGGACAAGGGCGGUAACAAGGAAAUUCAAGAUAGAAAAAGCAGUACGAUAAGAAGUAUCGAAAUCAGUGAUGUGGACACAGCCAUAUCCCUCCACAAGAUUGCAAAACAUGCGACAUAUUGUCGAGCUCCUCCUAUGGUGGAGCAAAACCUCGUGGCAAGUCUGUUGAAGGCUACAGGCCUUGGUUGUGGGCAAUACGAUCCAUCUGGCGAAAGCAUUAUUUCUAUGGGUAGAGGUGAGGUUGAGACCUUCAUCUCGACAGAGAACCACCUGACGAAUUGGCACUAUGAUUUCCAAGAGAACUUCACAAUCCAGCUCUCUGGAACCAAACGAUGGACUCUUCAACAGGGGACAAUAAAGGAUCCGAUUCGCGGCUGCACUCCUCACUAUGCCUCACCCGAGGCUGUGGAAUCACAGUUGAAGGCAGCCCACUUGUUUGAUCGCAAAUUUCGAUUUGGUUUCCCUGAGAAGGAUGUUACAGCAGUUGGUAAUGUACAUUCCAUCGAUGUCAAGCCUGGCGAUGUAUUUUAUUUUCCAGCUGGCAUGUGGCACAAGGUAGAUACCAUUGAGCCAGGAGUUUCGAUCAACGUGUCCCUAAUGGCGAGCAACUACGCCUCCAUAGCUAGCCAAGCAUUACAUCAGUUGAUGUUUCAAGACGAACGAUGGAGACAACCUGUUUUGAACAAUAAAAGGGUUGAAGCAGUCGAUCAUCUCAAGGCACUCUUGAAGGAACUUCCAUCGAUGAUCCAACGACUGGAACAAAGCGGCGGGGCCGAAGCUAUCCUCCCUCCAGUCCUUAGACAUCCGCCUAGUUUCCUUCCAACAGGAGACGAAGGGGGUGAAUGGGAAGACUUUGAAAAUGAAGAAAAAGAUUGUGGCCCUGACGGAGGAAAAGAAACAGCUGGGGACGAUGGCAGUGAAACGGCAAAAUCGGUCGGGGACCGGGAAGAAGACAAUUUACUAGAUCCAACGAAGUUUGAUAGUUUCCCAGAGAAUUGGUCCUACAAUUUGGAACUAGGCGAAACAGUCCAAAUUUCGAGAAACCCUUUGGCGGCGUUACACAAGUUGACCGAAACAACUUCAUUCUAUGACAACAAUGAUGAUGAUGAUGACAACGACGACGGGAAAGAUAUCUUUAUCCUCAACGUGAACUACGCCGGUAAUGAAACGCAUCAGAGUGCCAUCAGGGUAGUAUUCCGAGAUAAUGAUGAUAGUUUUGUGCAAUCGCUCUAUUGCAACGAGCGACAAAAUGGCGAUGUCACAAAAACAAUCAAAGUUUCAGAGAAGAAUGAAUCCCAUCUCAAAUUUCUGGUGUUUCAUGGAUAUUUGCAAAUUCUGGAUUCUAGCUCUCGCUCAGACAUGCCAGGGAAAGCGAAUGCUACCAAGAUUGUCUAG